UAGAACUGCUUCAUAUUUGUGCUCAAGCUGUUUCCCAGAUUUUUCGACUGCAUAUGAUGUGCACAAUGCAUGUGUCGAACUUGUUUGUGACUGCGAGACUAUCUUGCGCAUGAAAAAUACCGGUUUGAAUUACUUGUGUCUUUAUGGUGCAUAAUCUUCCUUGAUGUGCAGUUCAUUUUCGCAUUUUCAAAAAAUUUCCUUUUUGGUCGUUGGUGUUCCACUCUUCAUUUGGAGUCUUUCGUGAUCAGUGUUCACUUUCCAUGUUUCCGGAACCGCACACAUUGCAAGCAUAGUUACUAGUCAGCUCAUAUCUAAACUUCUUUUAGCCUUAAGACCUGUAUGGGAUGAAUGGCGCCACUGACGGGCCACUUUGUUCAUUGAUCUCAUACGUAGUACCUCCCGGACUUUCAAGAGUCCCCGCUACUGCGCCUACAGAUUCACGAACGCGUGGCGAUUUUGCUGUAGAGACAAUCAGUGCUAAGAAUUUGCAGGACAAAAGAGGAACUACUGUUCACCUUCCUGAAAGAGUGCCUAUACCGCAGCAAACACUGCCAAGGCAACCAGCCAGGGAUUUGUCGAUCACUCGUGUGAUAACCACUAGUGCACAACCGGACGCCGCGGCUACAAACAGAUCCGUUCAUCCGUCAGAGCAAAAGUCGCCCCCAAAUUCCCCUCUAAAGCCCAGUCAUCCGCCGAGGAAACCUUGUUUAACGAGAAAUAAUACUACAAAUAUUGUGCCGGCCCGCUUAAACCUCAGGAAAAAGACAGUCGCUUUUGGAAAAACUGUGAACUUGUCACAAACUGUAGAGGCAACCUCGCGCGCAUCAAAAUUAAGACGACAAAUGAACAAAAGUACAGCAACGCAGAUGCCACUGGCAGAAGUAGAAGACAAAGAAAACAAACCGAUUAACCAAUCCGAGCCUAAUGGAGAGCAGUCAUCAUUGAUGGAAAUUCUGAAAGAAGUGAAGUCUUCUUUGGAAGCACUGAAAGCUCAUGAUGUGGAAAGAGCUGAAGAGAUUCGGUCGAUACGUCGAAUGGUGGAUGACAGAGGAAAAGAAAUGGAUAAAUUGCGAGGGAUUGUUGCUGACUUUUUUGGUAGAGAUUGCCCUCGCUCAACAGAUUCUCAAUGCUAUCCGAUGCCUGAGAAGAAAAACGAACAAGAGAAGUCACCUUCCAGAAAAGCUAAUGAUUACAAGAACAGUUCAUCGCAAUCUCCUAGCCCUCAGCGAUAUACGCCAAUACGCAAAGAAAUGGGAAAAACGACUAGGCAACCUGAUCGAAACGAUGUAGAUGACGUAACUUUCGAGGAGUUCCGUUAUUUCAUGACUACCAAUCCAGCAUUUCGUCAGUAUGUGGCAGAUCUUCGCGCUGAAGAGAACGAAAAGAGAAACAGCUACAGGUUUCGAGGAAGGCAAGACCGUGGCGAUUCUUGGAAGAGAGCACAAGAAGCCGAAGAAGCGAGACAAGAAGAUCCGAGAGGAGGAAGAGGAACUCACGGGGCAAAAUUCACUGAGAAGGUGACUGUAGAACGUAGUAUCCGUUGUGCGCCACAGGAUGUGGGCCAGUAUUCUGUGGAUACGAGAAGAUACAUUGCCGAUCAGAUCUUGGAAGAUGAGGACGAGAGAACUUGCGAACGCGAGCGUACGUCCAAGAAGUCCAUUCGGAUGAGGACGAACUCCACGAUCAUCGCAAUUAUCGUGGAUAUGAUGCUGUGGGAGAACGUCGUCGACAACGAAGAGACCGUCGUGCGGAUCGUUACUAACAUCAUAAAAGUCUCUGGAUUAUUGCGUGCCCUAGGAAGCGCUUUGUAAAUAUUUUUUUUAACUCGUAUAAGGCAUCUGCAUUGCCUAUGUACCUGUUUUCUGGUUCUUGAGAGAUACGUGCAUCUCUAUUAUAUUCUGUUUAUUUGUUGAAUGAAGUAUC